GGGCAUUCAGCUAUAGGUACGCCUUGCCUCCUGUAUGAUAAUACUCCAAACUACAAUAGAGCUGAAAUCUAUAAGAAACUCACCGACGGGACAGUGGUAAACAUCGCCUUUUGACAGCGAAUACUAGAGCCAUAACGUCCUCCUGCACUUAAUACAACACAGGACCAUCACGUCUUUACGUAGUCAACACAUCAUAGGAUCAUCGCGUUUCAAAAUGAUAUGGCCAUAAGACUUGACCAUGUCCAGCUUUAAGUGUGUCGUCCUCGGGGAUGCGGAGGUGGGGAAGACAACGAUGUUGACAGCCUACUCCCUCGGGCAGGAGAGCAACACGGAGGUAUCGGACAAGAACUUCCAAGUAACGGUUACUGUAAAAGACAAGCCCUGUACGUUAUCCCUUCUUGAUACUACUGGGGACGUCGACUGUAAGGCACGCCAACGUUCCAACUACACUGACGCUGAUGCUUUUCUCCUCUGCUUCUCUGUCAUCUCUCCUGCGUCCUUCAUGAAUAUCAGAGAAAAGUGGGUUCCCGAUGUACUGUUUCAUGCACGAAACACGCCAAUCUUCAUAGUAGGGACGAACGUUGACCUCCGAGACAACACGGACACGCUGAACAAACUUACAGAACAGGGUGAGCGACCAGUCACCGAGAAAGAAGGGAGACAACUUGCACAGCGCCUGAGAGCUAGCAAAUAUUUAGAGUGCUCCGCCCUUACACUGAAAGGCCUGGACAAGGUGUUUGAAGAAGUCAUUCUCACAUUAAGACGUCCACCACCUGGCAACCGGACUUGUGUCAUGGUGUAAAGAUACUAAUUCAUUAAAUGUAUUGGAACUAUAUUUUGAACACUGUUCCCCAGCUGCUGUGCUUGAAUCAGAUAAACUUUUAUUGAAAUCUUUUUAUGACACUGAGUGAAAGUCGAUGAUGGCAUUCAAAACGUAGCGCCAUCACAUUGCUGUGUAAUGAUCUUGGUAUGUGAUUAUGUGCGGAGUCAUGCCCUAGACUCUGCUGUUUCAAGAUUUCUUGUGAUUGCGGAAAACGUUUUGCCCCUUGUAUAGUCAUUUGACAGGAAGCGCAUGUGACUUUCUUAGUUCUGUAACUAACUGGAGACUGGGUGUGUUCGUUUUAAUGUCUUCUUGCAUUUGUCUCUCACCGGAAAUGAUGUAAUCAUACCGGAAGAGGAUACGACCUGCUUAUUCAUUCGUCACCACUCGCCCCUUUCCGUUACCUGCAAGAAGACUCGUCCCCCUAUCGAUGAAUGUUAUGUGCGAAAAUACGACAAACCAAUCAGAAUGCGCGUAUGAUUUCAAGUUCUUCGUCAA